AUGACUAUCAAAUUAUAUGAAUUAAGAGGAAAAGAUCCUAAGUUCUUAUGGUCAUCGAACCCUUGGAAAGCACGAAUGUGUCUCAACUUGAAAGGUAUAGAAUUUGAGUCCAUUCCUUUAACUUAUCCGGAGAUCCAUGCAAAUCUUCCCAAUAUUUUACAUAAAGACAAAGGAUGCACAGUUCCUGUAUUAGUCGAUGAUGAAAAUGUUAUACAAGAUUCUUUCGAAAUUGCCCAAUAUGUAGACAAGAAGUUUCCAGGAGCAUCUAUCUUUCAGGGUAAUAUAGCGCUACAUGAAUUUAUUUACAAUUGGUUUGCUGAGAUAAAAGGUACAUUAUUUAAAUUGGUUAUUUUGGAUAUUGCAGAUAAAUUAGACGAUGAAAGUAAAAAAUACUAUAUAAAAAAAAACACCGCUUUAUACGGGGACCUUAAAACUGCUGCUUUAAAGGAUCGCGAUGAAAAUGUGAAAGGGAUUCAAAAAAACUUGAACUUACUAUUUGGAAAUUUGAAAAAAAAUGCUUUUCUUUCUGGAGAAACAACCGGUUGGACUGAUAUUACCCUUGCUUCGUUCUUAUACAUGAUUAAAUUGGCGAACGAAGAUGUUUUCAAUGAGGCCAUUGCAAGCACAGAUCAAGAAUUGUUCAAGGGCUGGUGGAAUAAUAUGUCCAAGUUAUUGAAGUAA